CUCAAGUACAGCUGUUUAUAUUGUUUGUAAACGAAGAAAAAAUAAGGAAUAAAAAGUGUAAUUUUUGUCAAACAAUUAAGAAAAAUCAUUUAAUUUGAUUUUUAAACAAAAUGAGCUCACCUUCGAUUAAGACUAACAAUGAUACACUCAAUAACAAACAACGUAAGUCGACAAAAAGUAAUUCUACAACAAAAUCAACAAAUUUAGACACAAGAGCAGAACUGGCCGAUUUGAUCAAGAAAAAGGCGGAAACUUCCGAACAACUGGCCAAUUUGGAAAGACAAAUAUAUGCAUUUGAGGGUUCAUAUCUUGAGGACACUCAGUUGUGUGGGAAUAUCAUACGAGGUUGGGAAAGAUAUUUGACUUCGAAUAAGGCAACCAAUUCCAAAGCCGAUAAGCGCAAUCGCAAAUUUAAAGAAGCCGAACGAUUAUUUUCCAAAUCAUCUAUAACUUCUAUGGCUAUAUGUAACCCUGAAAGAGCCAGUGAAUCUGAUUCAGUUACUAACGAAGAUUCUAGCGACAAUCAGAUUGCUUUAAACCAAAACACAACUACCGCACACGAUGGUACCACAUCUAUUAAAAGUUCAGGCAAAGAAGAGAAAUCUGACCGCGCCUCUACACCGCAAAGGGAACCAAUUAAGGAACCCACUACACCCAGUGGCAAUACAUCAACUAAAAGCAAACUUUCCUCAUCAAGUGUAACAGCUAAAAAAGGCGGUCAUAUUAAUAAAAAGAUAAGACAUCGAUGAUUUAGGGGUCGGCCGCGGCAUCGUUCAACUUACUAAUUUGAAAGCCGCGACCUUGCAGGGUAAAGAAUAUAACGGCCCGCUCAAGAGGUUUAGGUUGAAAAAUACAAAACAAAUAUUUUUCUUCACACAAUUAUUAAUUUUUAAUAAGCCUAAUUACAUAUUAAUUGUGUAGAAUUUUAUUCUUUGCUUGUAAUCUUACAAUUAGUGUUCGAAAUAAAGAUAUAAAGGUAAACAAAA